ACAUCACAUUUCACAUACAUACAUACAUCUUUUCCCUUCCAAAAUCAUACUACUUCCUUCUUUAAAGUAACCCAUAACACUCAACAAAAUUUUCAAAAUUUAAAAACUUUUUGAAAAAUAAUUCAACAACCCAGAAAAAACCCAAAUCCUCCAUUGUUGAAUACUUAAAUCUACCCAGAUCCCAUUUCUUCAUCUCUUCUAAAUCUACUAAAAAAAUAAAAAAAUGGGGUCUCACUCUCAAGGACCCAAAACCUUAAAAUCGUCGAAAUCAACACUUCAAUCAUCAUCAUCAUCAACAACAACAACAACAACAACACCACCAUCUUCUCUCUCCUCACACUUAGCAAUGGUGGAAUUAAAGCAACGAAUCUUAAACUCACUCUCAAAGCUCUCAGACAGAGACACUCAUCAGAUCGCCAUUGAAGAGUUAGAAACACUAAUCCAAUCCCUCCAAAACGACGCCGUUCCAAUGCUAUUAAACUGCUUAUUCGACUCAUCUUUCUCCGACCCAAAACCCGCAGUAAAAAAGGAGUCAAUUCGUCUUCUUGCAGUGUUAUGUGGGUCCCACCCAGAUUCAACUGGGACCCACUUAGUUAAGAUAAUUGCGCACAUUGUUAAGAGGCUUAGAGACCCUGAUAGUGGUGUUAGAGAGGCUUGUAAAGAAGCAAUUGGGAUAAUUUCUGGGAUUUAUAUAAAAGGUGAAGCUGAUAAUGGGGUGGUUUCUGUGUUUGUUAGGCCUUUGUUUGAGGCAAUGGGGGAGAAUAAUAAAGGGGUGCAACUUGGAGCUGCAAUGUGUUUGGGUAGGAUGGUGGAUUGUGCUCUUGUUAAUUCGACGUCGAUUUCGUCCUUUCAGAAGCUUUGUCCUAGGGUCUGCAAGUAUUUGAAUAGUCCUAAUUACUUUGCUAAAUCUGCUCUAUUGCCUCUUGUUGCUAGCUUGUCUCAGGUAGGGGCUAUUACACCCCAAAACUUGGAGCCGUUGUUGCAGAGCAUUCAUGAUUGCCUCGCUAGCACAGAUUGGGCAACUCGUAAGGCUGCUGCUGAGGCAUUGACUGCGUUGGCAUUGCAUUCAAGUGACUUGGUGAAACAUGGAGCUGGCUCUACCUUGGCUGCACUUGAGGCUUGUCGCUUUGACAAGAUAAAGCCGGUGAGAGAGAGCAUGACAGAGGCGCUACAGCAUUGGAAGAAGCUUGCAGGAAAGGCUGCAGAUGUAGCCUUGGAUGAACGGAAUGCUCCAAAUCAUGGGGGUGCUCAAAAUGAUUUGCCAGAUAAGGAUAAGCAGAAAAAUGUGACGUCUGAUCAGAGAAAAGAUGAGGCUUCCUUCAGAGAUUCAUCAGAGAAUGCUGCUUCAUCUGAUUCUGCUGGCAAAACAAAGAAUGGAAACUAUUCAGAUAAAGCUGUCGGAAUACUGAAGAAAAAGUUGCCUGCGUUUUCUGAUAAAAAUUUGAAUGCAGAGUUUUUUCAGAAGCUUGAAAAGAGAGGUUCAGAUGAUUUACCAGUAGAAGUUGUUGUCCCACGUAAAUGUCUUAAUCCUUCAAAUGCUAGCGGCGAGGAGGCUGAUAUGGACUCUAUAGAAAUUAAGGAUGACACUGAUAAAAUGUCUGCCAAUAUGCUCUCCAGAGUACGAGAUAAUGAUGAAUAUGUGCGGGUUAAGAGUGUUGAUGAUGGGGUAAAUGGAAAAGAAUCGAGACCAGGAACAUCUGGCCUUGAAGAUAGGGGUGCGAGUUUUUCUAAAAUUGAUGGUCAAACUGAUGGAUCUCUCAUGAAUGGUAAAGGAAAUUGGCUGGCUAUUCAGAGGCAGUUGCUGCAAUUAGAGAGACAACAGGGUCAUCUGAUGAAUAUGUUGCAGGAGUUCAUGGGUGGCUCACAUGACAGCAUGGUGACUCUGGAGAACAGAGUACGAGGUCUGGAGAGGGUGGUUGAAGACAUGGCUCAUGAUUUAUCCAUAUCAUCAAGCAGGCGGGUUGGUAACUUUCGGUCUGGAUAUGAUGGAUCUUCCAAUCGUCCUAGCAGGUAUAAUGGCUACCUUGACUAUGGUGGGAGGCUUCCAUUUGGUGAUAGGUUUGUUGCCGCUGAAGGCGUGUCUCCAAGCAUGAGAGGUAGAGCAGCACCUUGGAGAUCUGAUCUUCAAGAGCCUUGGGACUUUCAUCCAUAUGGUGCUGCAAAAAAUGGGCAACCUGGUAUUAGAAGAGAUGCUGGUAGUAAUUCUGUUGAUGGAAGAUCUCCUAGAUCUGAGCAUGAAAACGACCAGGUUAGUGCUCGUAGAGCUUGGGACAAAGGGACUGGAAAUGUCAGACAUGGUGAAGGCCCCUCUGCAAGAAGUGUUUGGCAGGCUUCCAAGGAUGAAGCUACGCUAGCAGCAAUCCGUAUUGCCGGGGACGACAGUGGAACAGCUCGAGUCGCUAGAGUAGCUGUCCGGGAACGAGAGGCAAUGGGCAGUGACAAUAAUGAGCCAGAGCGUGACCCAGUUUGGACUUCCUGGAGCAAUGCAAUGGAUGCUGUGCAAGUUGGUGAUAUGGACACGGCUUAUGCUGAGGUCUUAUCUACAGGGGAUGAAUCUUUGCUUGUGAAGCUCAUGGAUAGAUCAGGUCCUGUAUUUGAUCAACUCACCAAUGAGGUGGCAGUUGAUGUUUUGAAUGCUAUCAUGCCGUUUGUGGUGGAGCAGAACUUAUUUGAUUUAUGUUUGUCUUGGGUCCAACAGUUGCUAGAUUUGGUUGUGGAAAAUGGGCCUGACAUCUUCGGUAUCCCUAUUGAAGUGAAGAGGGACCUUUUGUUUAGUUUGCAUGAUGCGUCUUCUUCCAUAGAGCUUCCUGAGGACUGGGAAGCAGCGACUCCUGAUCAACUCAUGCUGCAGUUGGCUUCAGCCUGGGACAUUGAUCUCCAACAGCCUGGAAGGUAGUAGUGAAAAAAAGAGUGAUUUGCGCACAUGAGAAACAUCUGCACUUCCGAUCCGGUCAGUUCUUAAAUUCAUGUUUGAAGUCUAGUGAAUAUGAACUGCUAUCACCCUCCAAAAUCGCAAUUCUCACCUUGGCAAAAGCUGUUGAGUUACUCACUAAACAGGAGAGCUUGUGUUUUACUGUCGAAUCAUUACAAAAUUUCGUAUGAAGGUCAUAUUAAUAUGGACCUGCUGUAAGUGUUCACUUUUUUACAUUACCGAGUUGAUAUAUUUUGGUUUUGAUAUUGUUAAUCGCUUAUAUGGUAUCCGUUAUUGGAAAGCUUCAAGAAUGUCACAGCUCAAUGAUAUGAAAAAUUAUCUUAUAAUGCCA